GGAAUUAAGCACUCUACUCGUUGCAGAGUAUCAGUCGUCAUUCAUAAGCAUUUUGCGAACCUUUGACCGUUCGAUACGUAUCGUUUUUCAACGUUGUAAAGUCCAGGGCGCUCUGUCAUCAUUUAAGAUUCUAUCCGAUUGUUAUUACAAUCACAGUAUCAAAUACGUUCGUGUUGCAGGAGUUGCUAAAUACGCCAAUUAUUUCUAUAUAAUUUUUAUACGUAGUUGAUGUAAGAGCUUUGAUUGUACAAACAUUCAACGUGUAAAUUUCUUGUUUCAGUACAUACAUUCUCUAGACGACAUGAUGAACAAGCUGCAAGCUCUGCCAAGCAAACCACCCAAGGAUACUAUAACAGGCUACGCUAAACGGAUAGAGUUUCUAAAGGGAGUAAUAAAUGCGAUGAAGCUGUCGAACCCGGUGGAGAGGGUGGUCGCCGCGCAAUUGUUGUCGAAGAACUCGGUGUCUACCAAUAAUUCCAGUACAAACAUCACGACGCAGAUACACCAGAAGACGGUCGCCAAGUACAAUCGGGAAUUACGGGCGGAAUUGUUCCACAGCAACAAAGACGCGAGUAAGGACGGUGUGCGACAGAGAUUGUCGAGCUCCAAUAUCCAGGACGACGAUCUGGACGCUAUCCUGAAGUACAAUCGUAACAUCCAGGAGAAGAUCGCCGACAAUAUGCUCUCCAUGACCAGCACCAUGAAGGAGCACGCACUGGCGGCGAGCGCUAUCAUAAAGAAGGACGUCGGCAUGCUGGAAAUGUCCAACAAGCUGACCGACGUGAAUGCUGUUAAACUGAAGAAGGAGUCCCUCAAGUUGCAAGAGCACACCAACUCAAAGUCGGAGUGCUGGGUUUGGAUUAUGGUAGUCUUCGUUCUGUUUGUAUUUUUCAGCAUGGUGUUAUUUAUAAAGAUGACGAAAAAAAAGAAUUAGAUAAUCUUUACGUCUGGUCGUGUCGACCG